GAGGGGCAGUUUACAGGCUUGCCUUUGCGACUGUUCUUCUUGUUAUAAUUAAUGUUGUUUUCAGCUGUUUUUGUUGUUGUUGCAGCUGCUACUGCUGUUGUUGUAACUGCUGCUGUUGCUGCAGGUUGCCGUCUGUCAAUUUAAUCGCCAAAGACUUCCUAUAACUAUCUGAUUACGUAUCCCUUCCAUUUAUCCAUCCAUCCAUAUCUAUCUAUCUAUCUAUCUAUCUAUCUAUCUAUCUAUCUAUCUAUCUAUCUAACUGUUUAUCAGUUUCUACCAUAGUUUCUUUUCUCUCUCUCUCCCUUCCUCUUUCCUUGUCUCUCUGUAUAUCUACCUAUCAAUCUCUCUAGCUAGCGAACUCUCUACGUGGAAAUGGUUUCUAUUCCUUGUCAGGAACGGGCGGAUCAUAUGAUAUUUCACAUAUGCUAAAUUGUCAGCAACAAAAGAAGAUAACAACAUUUAUAAUUUAUUUUAUUGAUAUAACAACAAAAACAAUCUCAACAACUAAUUGAGGGGUGUAGAAAGAGAAGUAUAAGAAAACAAAAAUCCAAAAUGAGAGAAACAAUUUAAUGAAAUGAUUGAAGCAGACGAUAAUUUAAAAUUAAAUGAAACAAAGGAAGAAACAAAAUGAAAACGAGCCUUUAUAGGUAUUUGUGUGAGUGUGAGUGUGUAAGUGGCCCUGGGGAGAUUUAGAUCUAUACUUUCACUUAUAAAUCUACAUAUAUAUUUACAUAUAAAUACAGAAUUACGAGACAUAUACAUACAUGCAUAUACACCUACAUGUAUACAUACUUCAAUACACACACACAUAGACACAUACAUGCAUACAUAUACAUAAAUUAUUGAAUUUCUAAAUGGACACUAAGAUCUUAAGUAAGUGCAGGUAGGGAGGGAGAGAGAGUUUACAGCUUUACAAAAAGACGCAUUGUUGGAGCGAGAAGUGUUGCACACCUCCAGAGAACAACAGGCGAGUUCUUGAAGAAAACUCGCUGUAUCUAUCUCUAAUAGCACAGAGAGAUUUUCCUGUUUCCCUUACAACAUCAUAUUUCUAUAUUUCUCUUUGCAACUUGUUGAUAACUUAGAAGUAAAAGACUCUGUGAAAGGAUUAACAACACACACGGAGUAAGUUCACUGGAUUUAAAAACAAAACAAAUUUAAAAAAGCAAAAAAAUAUGCGGCUGUAUGGUAACCAUAUGGUUCCGGGUUCAGUCCCACUGCGUAGCAACUUGGGCACGUGUUUUCUACUAUAGCCUCGGGACGACCAAAGUCUUGUGAAUGGAUUUGGUAGACGGAAACUGAAAGAAGUCCGUCAGUGAAAACCCUAACAAAUUCCAGCAGUCUUAUUCCACUUGAUGCAACUAUAGUCUUUUUCCAUGUGACGAACACAUCAUGGGCUGCUGUUGUAAGAACGUAUCGUCUAAACAAGCACAGAAGACACCUAAAAGAAGUUUAGGACAAAAAUGCUGUAGCUGCGGACGUAAAUUUGUUGCUUUCCUUUUCUCUCAUAUUGGACUGACUUGUCUAGUGGCAGGUUAUUCUAUUCUGGGAGGUUAUGUAUUUAUGAAAAUCGAAAAACCUUUCGAGAUUACUCAAAGAUCAAAUGUCGGUAAAAUUAGAAGAUUAGCAGUAAGCCGAUUAUGGAAUUACACAGAGAACCUCAAUAUCUUAAAAGAAGAACACUGGAAACAGAAAGUUGACGAACAAUUAAGACAUUAUCAGUUGGAAAUCUUCAAAGCUGUCAAAAAUGAAGGCUGGGACGGAAGUGAUGAGGUUUCUCAAGAUUAUGAGGGCCAAUGGUCAUUCAGCGGAGCCUUACUUUUUUCUGUAACGGUCAUCACAACUAUAGGUUAUGGCCAUAUCGCACCAAAAACAGUUUAUGGACGUCUAGCUACGAUUGCGUAUGCGGUGUUCGGUAUACCUCUAACGCUAUUAUGUCUCGCGAAUUUGGGUAAUCUGCUUGCCAGUUGCUUCCGCGUGUUCUACUACCAAGUGCUCUGCUGUCAAUGGUGCAAAAAGAAAAAAACAAAAAAUAAAACACCAGCAAUUCGAUCCGAAAUGGCUCCUACUUACGUACAGUCAGGAAACUUAAAUAUGGAAAACAGUGAAUCAGUUAACAGCACCUUUAUAGAUGGCAGUAACGUAACUCCGAGAGACACAGUGGUUUAUUCCAUUGAUGAAAUUCCCGAAAACGAAACCAGAAAUAUACCAGUGGUUGUGACUCUUUUAAUAAUGACUGGUUACAUAUUCUGUGGUACUUUAUUAUUUACAAUGUGGGAGAAAGAUUGGAAUUACGUGGAAGGUUCUUACUUUUGUUUCAUAACUCUCAGUACCAUAGGUUUUGGUGAUUUCGUGCCAGGCUCAAGUCUAGAUUCAUGGCACAACCAAAGUAAGCAGAUAAUCUGCUCAGUUUAUUUACUUUUUGGACUGGCUCUAGUUGCUAUGUGUUUCGAACUGAUGCAGAAUCAAGUUCGUGAAACUUUCACAAGACUUGGGAGAAGGCUGGGCAUUAUAAAAUCAAAGAGAUAAAUGAGAGAAUAAUGAAAUAAGAGAAUAAGUGUUCGAUAUAUUCAGAUUAUUCUCAUUUCAGCUUAAGAUCUCGCAACUUCCACAUAAAGUGUUAUAUUUUGAAAUUCUUAUAACUACAUCAAUUGGUAUGGUGGCGGUGAAUGAUGAUAUAAAUUGCAUGAAUACAAUAAAUUUGGGAAAAAAGUAUGUUAUGAAUAGUAAAUAUUUAUAUUUUACAAAAUGCAUACAUUUAUGAAUCUAAUCAGAUUUUAUAUAAAAUCAAAGUCGUUUUCUCAUUUUACAUGUUCUGCUCGAGAAGAAUUCAAGAC